UGUCUGCGUCCUCUCUCGCGGAUGCCGUGUUGCAUCAUCUCAGACGGAGGGAGAGAAGGCUGGCAGCGCGCUAGUCACUCUACCCCCGGCUGGAACCCACCAGUCACGCUUCUCCUCAUCUUUCUCGCACUGUCCGGAAGACUCCGGGGACCAGCUCCCAGAACCUGCGGGUCGUAGCUGGGAGACACCGAUAGCUUCACCAGAUCUAUUCACUGGGAGCCAGUCUUUCUCAAAACCCAAGUUUCCGAUCUCCUGCUGUUUGCAGCGUUGGGCAGCGCCAUGGAGAAGAGCAGCGAGACCAACGGCUAUCUCGACAGCGUCCAGGCGGGGCCUGCAGGGGGACCCGGUGCACCGGGGACCACGGCGGGACGCGCGCGGCGCUGCGCCGGCUUCCUGCGGCGCCACGCGAUGGUGCUGCUUACCGUGUCCGGGGUGCUGGCGGGCGCGGGCCUGGGCGCAGCACUGCGCGAGUUUAAGCUGAGCCGCACGCAGAUCACCUAUCUGGCUUUCCCUGGCGAGAUGCUGCUUCGCAUGUUGCGCAUGAUCAUCCUGCCGCUGGUGGUCUGCAGCCUGGUGUCGGGGGCCGCCUCUCUCGACGCCAGUUCCCUCGGGCGUCUGGGUGGCAUCGCCGUCGCCUACUUUGGUCUCACCACCCUGAGCGCCUCGGCACUCGCCGUCGCCUUGGCGUUCAUCAUCAAGCCGGGGUCUGGCGCUCAGACCCUUCAGUCCAGCGACCUGGGACUAGUUCCCAAAGAAACAGUGGACUCUUUCCUCGACCUGGUCAGAAACCUGUUUCCCUCAAAUCUUGUGGUUGCAACAUUCCAUACGUACGCUACCAACUAUAGAGUGGUGACCUACAACACCAGCUUUGGAAAUGUGACCAAGGAGAAGAUCCCCUAUGGUACCGAGACUGAAGGCAUGAACAUUUUAGGGUUGGUCCUUUUUGCCCUAAUGUUAGGAGUCGCCCUGAAGAAACUGGGCUCUGAAGGAGAGGAGCUCAUCCGCUUCUUCAAUUCCCUCAACGAGGCGACCAUGGUGCUGGUGUCAUGGAUCAUGUGGUACGUUCCUGUGGGAAUCAUGUUCCUGGUAGGAAGCCAGAUCGUGGAAAUGAAGGACAUCGUUGCACUAGUGACCAGCCUCGGGAAAUACAUCGUCGCAUCCAUAUUGGGCCAUGUUAUUCAUGGAAUAGUUGUUUUGCCACUUAUUUAUUUUGUUUUCACACGAAAAAACCCAUUCAGAUUCCUCCUGGGCCUUCUCAUGCCUUUUGCGACAGCAUUUGCCACCUGCUCCAGCUCGGCAACCCUUCCUUCUAUGAUAAAGUGCAUUGAAGAAAACAAUGGUGUAGACAAGAAGAUCAGCAGGUUUAUUCUUCCCAUCGGGGCCACUGUGAACAUGGACGGGGCCGCCAUCUUCCAGUGUGUGGCUGCAGUGUUCAUUGCACAACUCAACAGUGUGGAGCUGAACGCGGGGCAGAUUUUCACGAUUCUAGUGACCGCCACCGCAUCCAGUGUCGGAGCAGCAGGCGUGCCAGCAGGAGGAGUGCUCACCAUCGCCAUUAUCCUGGAGGCCAUUGGCCUGCCCACCCACAACCUCUCUCUGAUCCUGGCUGUAGACUGGAUUGUGGACCGGACCACCACUGUGGUGAACGUGGAAGGGGACGCCCUGGGCGCGGGCAUUCUCCACCACCUCAACCAGAAGGCCAUGAAGAAGGGAGAGCAGGAACUGAGCGAGGUCAAAGUGGAAGCUGUCCCCAAUUGCAAGUCCGAGGAGGAGACAUCGCCUUUGGUGACACACCAGAACCCAUCUGGGGCUGUGGCCAGUGCCCAAGAAGUGGAGUCCAAGGAGUCAGUGCUGUGAGGGGCCUGGGCCAUGGGCUGACACUGCCCCAUGACAAACAGGCACCGCCCUCACAGAUUUCUAGUCUCCCAAGCAGUGCUUGGCCCAGUCAUGUCUGAAAUUGACCUCUCUGCAUAGGCACUGAGCUUCUCAAUGGGAACUGGUUGCCAAGGACCAGGACAUUCUGACAUUAUUUGCCUUGAUCCAGUCCAGGUGCAGCUGCCGGUGCUCUAGAGCUGUUUGGAAAACACCCUUUCGAGCUGCCAGGCUUGAGGGAUCCUAGGGUCCCCAGGUCCUGUGGGCGAAGCUUGGGAAAACACAGACAUCUUACUCUUCAUUGGCCCUGCUCAGCUCUGCAAUGGGUACUGCUGGGCAAACCAAGGAUGGUUGCCGUCACCUGUUUCCUCCUGAACAACAGUAAUUGGAGAAAUUCCCAAAUUCUUACCAUAGGCUGAGACUUGGGUGUUUAAAGAGUUGUGCUGCAUCUAGGAGUAGGAGGCUUCUGAGGGACCCAGCUGCGCAGUGUUACUGCUGCACAGUGUUAAAACCACUCCAGGUAUGGUAGCAGCAAGGGGAUCUCAGGUCAGGAACAUUAAGGAAACAAUUUACAUUCUGAGUUCUAAGGAAAGAGAGGAAGAGUGGCAGCGGAGUGAGGGUUCCCAGGUAAAGGACAAGACACACAGUUGUCCCUUUCCCAGCUCAGCCCCUGGGCACUCUGGUUUCUGAGGCCUGGGCCUCUCACAAGGCUUCAACUCUAUCCCCAUUCACUCCAACUUGGCAGCUGCCAGAGCCUCUCGGGGGGGUGUGGUGUGAUAGGCUCACCACAUCCACCACCCAUGUCCAUUUGCCUUUUAUCAUUCGAGUGAUCCCUCCCCAAAAUGCUUCAUGGUAGCAAAACAAAGCCACCCCCUACAAUAAACUCAUGCCCUAAUUGGGGUGGGAUACCGCUGACCCCAGGUCUACUGACCUGUGACUGAUAAGGACUUGCCUUCCAGUUUAUGAAAGUUUAAAAUUCUCAGCAAAAUGGUUUACAUUCCUUCUGUUACCCGAGCCUCCAUUCCCAUCAGGGAGGUAGUCCUCAGAGGUGUAUUGUUUGUGGUGGGAAACUGAGGAGUCUGCCACCUUGCUGUGGCUGUCGUUGCCCUCAUAGUGUACCAUGACCUGGGGCCUCACUUUCCCCUUGGCACUAAUGUCACCUGUCUCUUACUACCUCAAAGGGAUCUGGUGAGUCAAACCAUGAAAAUGAUCAUUUCACGUCUUAGAUACCAAAUACUAACUCCUGUAUGAGCAUUUUACCUUUCUAAGAACUAAGUGAUGGCUUUCUCCGUGCAGACUGUAUCCUCCUGGUGACAGCAGCUUUCCUGAGCAGGGCUGUUCUUUUGUGCGUUAGAACGUUUUUCAUGCCAGUGCUGUCUGCCUAGUUCUCUGACAGCAUCAACACAGCCUCCUCCUGAUGCCCUCCGCAUCUGAAUGGGUUAGCAGUACCCUUGUACUGCACUUCUGGGUUCCUGAUGUCACACUGGUUCCCAGCUGCAGGCAGCCUCUGCCACACCACUCACAACAGGCUGCUAAAGCCCCCAAAUGCUCAGCCCCCCUCCAUUCUUGUUUUCCCUGUUGUGCGUAUCUCACGGGCCCUACAUUAGCGGUCCUGUGCCCAUGUGGAAGGGAUAGGAAGAUCCACUGGGCACAGAGCCAACCCAGCCAGUGGGCAGGCCUGGCUCUCCUAGGCCAGCUAAGCCACUCCAGUAUCCUGCAAAGCCAGAGGGGACCCAGAACUGAGCAGAGUGAUGCCUGGUAAUGGGCCCCUGUGAGAGUUUGUUGCCAGUAUCCGUCUGAUUUCAAAGGCAGAACAAUCAUGCUGAUUCCAAACUGUAAGUGGACAUUUGUUAUUUUUCAGGCUUUGGUGAAACCCUUUUCUUUGUGUAUUAUUGCAUGUGGUAUACGUGUGUGUGUGUGUGUGUGUGUGUGUGUGUGUGUGAUCUAUCACUUCAGCUCCAAUUCAAGCCAGUCUGAGUUUGAAUGGAGAAGCCCCAAACUGUAAGUUGUAUGCUUUUGGCGUUUGGAUUUUCUCAUUUCUAAAGACUCCUACAAAGCGAGGGGAUUGGAGCUGGUCACUGAGGCUGAUUUAUUGAACAUUAUGUCACCAUGGUCUGGAAAAGAUGCUUCUGUGUGAGCUGCUGGCAGCCCCAUGAGGCCAGCAUAGGAGGAAGAAGGUGCCAACCGAGCCACCUGUUUCUCUGUUCACAGAGGGGUCAGUAGACCAGGGUACGGACUGCAGAAUCUUCCACUGCACAGCAUCCGAAAUGUCUCCCCUGCCAUCCUCUUUCCAACCUGUAACCAUAAAUACUGUUCAAACACUGUUCAGUGCUGUCUUGUACAUGUGACACUUGCCUUAAAAUGUAGCACAGUCCUUAAAAAUGAAUACCAAGUUUCU